GCCUGUCUCGUGAAUAUAGCUGCAGUUGCGCACUUCUAACACCAGGGAGCUCUAUGCCUCCAAGUACAGGACGUCGUCAUGGCAACCAUGCUUUCAUGGUAACCAGUGACGCUGAAGGAGGAACUGAUUACUGGGGAAACCGGGUGGAAAGCGACUGAAAAAGUAAUGCGCACAAACGACAUGUUGACAUUUUAACGCGUCCUACACAGAACUUCAAAAACUGACAUUAGCGGCAGACAGACAUGCUCGUCUUCGAGGACUAUGGGGGCGAUUUUUGACUGGGCGAUGACUUUUCUUGACUUUUUUAAGCCGAGGACUGACUCUUCAUUGAGCUGCAGACGCCAAACAGCUGGUUACCGAUGCAUUUAACGAGACCCAAGUCUUCUAAGGGAAGGAGCAGGCCUGCUGCUCCUGCUGCUAAUAACGACUCCCCGCAUGCAGGUGACCAUAUCCCCGGAAGUCCAGAGUCCGCUGUCCAACACAGCAGAAGGGACAGAAACCUCCGCUCACAGUCUCAGCCCACUAUGUCCAUGAGGGAGGACCAAGUACUGCACCUGCUGCGGCAGCGCGCUCCCGAUGCUCCGCCACAGUCCUUAAACAAGUACAAGGUCCUGCCGUCCAUCGAGAGGAGGCGGUCAGAGGUGAGUGCUGAUGCUGCUGCUGCUGCUUCUGCAGGAGGAGGAGGAAGUCUGGACCAACACAUGUCUGCGCUCACGCUGUCCGGUCAUGCUGUCCUGCAGCGGGCUGACGGGUCUCACAGGAUCCGGUCCAAGCCUCUAGAACCGGAGCCAGGAGGACGAACAACAAGCAGAGAAGCUGGUGCCAACGGCAGUUUGCUCUUAGCCAUAAGAGCCCCGUGUGGCAGGAGGUUUGAGCAGCACUUUGAGUCCACGGACACUCUGCUGACGGUGAGAGCCAGUGCAGAGGUCAGGUUUGGACACAGGUAUGGAGAGGCCUUCAUUGAAACUAUGGAUGUGCCACGCAGGAGCUUCACAGACAUGGAUAUGACUUUGGAUCAGUGUGACAUCGUGAACAGAUCAGUGCUGUGCAUCACACUCAACAGCAAUGACAGUGUGGUGCAACAUGAGUGAGUGAAUUCAUGCUUUAUGUUUUGCUUUGCAGCUGGAAUCUGGCUCCUGCAGCACAUCAAUAGUGCACAAGCUUUUGGUAAAUUAUUAAAUCAACCUCAACUGUGGAUUUUAAAUAAUUGUACUUGUAUUAUUGCACAGAUAACUACAUAUGGAGCAGAUGGAAUAUGACUAUGUUUUAAAUGCUAAUUAAAUCCACUUUUUUUUUAAAUAUAUCACACUAGCAGGAAAACUCCAAAAUGAAGGACUUGGAUCUGAUCUCAGGUAUUGAUGUAGAAAUGAGAUGAUGGUGCAGGGCUUUAAUUUUGUCAAUAUUAUCAUUAGACCUGCUGACAUUAAGAAGUUGCCAUGUUCACACCUUUGCCUUGUGGUUGAUAUUUGCCAAGUUAAGUCUUUUAUUAGGAGAAGAAAUGAUAACUAUUUACUUAGAUGUAGCAACUACUGUACCGUUUUCUACGUCUACUGUAUGUUGAGGUCUUAGGUCUUGGUAAGAAACAUCAAAGUGAACAUUCAAAGAGGAAAAUGUUUCAUAAAAAGAGGAAUUUUGAAAAACAUUUUCUACGUAGAACUGAAUUCCAACAUCACUGAUCAAACGGACAGUUUAAACAAAGCUCCCUCUGAGCAAAGUAAAACAAACUUUGAUGCUGGAUGAAGCUUUCAGAAUUCAUUUUAAGAUUUUGUUUGUUUUUUUAAAUCAAUAAUUGGCUUUGCCCCUCAGUACAUCUUGAACCCCUGAAAGAUCAUAGACGGCACUUCUGUAUAACUAAGGAGAUUGGAAUGACAAACCAGACAAAAAACACAAGACUCAAAGACAAGAUGCCAGAGAAUUUAUUGAAACAAUCCCCAAGUGCAGAGAAUUAGAGUUACAGAUUUACUUUCCUUUGACCACAUUGUAACCUCAGAAACAGAUCAACUGUUAUCAGACACAGUCCAUGUUGUUUAGUAACAAACCAAAGCUGUCCAGACAGAAACAGCAUUUCAAUGUUGUUCACAUGUGACGGUACAUUUAUUUAUUCUUUUAAAUCCACACAAACAAAAUAUAACAACCAAAUAUGUCACUCAAGGAUAUUAAAUUGGAACUCAGUCAUGCAAAGAUGCGUAGAUGAAACAUUAUGAUGUCCCAUUGAUCUACAGAAAUAUACACUUCUAAUAAAAAGAAAACAAAUCAAAACACAGCAAACAAGUACAUUAUUAUCGUCACCUUUCUUAAAUGCUGCUUUAACAGCUAGUGGUUAGUUUAGUCUCGAGGAGACUCAACUUAAUGGCUUACUGAGACUUCAGGGGUGAAUCAACUUCAGACAUACCUGAAAUUCAGGUGAAAAACUUUGGCCCAAGAAUUUAGCAUGAACAACAUUUGCAUGCAUCUUUUCUGUAAAACAAUAAAAUGUGAGCACAAAUGUCUUGAAAGAA